CAAGCAGCAGCAGCGCAGCGGUCCACACACACCUCGCUUCGCGCUACCGAGAGAGGGUCCAGACAGCUGAGGUCUGACUCGCGAAUCUAAAAAAAAAGGAUCUCGGCGCACAAGAGGAGGACCGAUGCCACGAGAGGAACUGGAAUUACAACUAACAACGGAAGCUCGGCUCGCACUCGGAGGGGCUCUCGUGGAGCAGAACGGCAACUCGCGGAGCGAAGUUUGGUGUUGUAGUUGAGAUGGGGAAGCGCUAAACCUGCCGACGCGAGGAACUUUCCGCGGGCUGCUCAAUCCUGCGCGCACGGCUGUCCGAAACGGGGGGAUUAUCACUCAUUUUCUGCCACGCGCCGAGACAACCGUUGGACCUGUAUCCAUUUUUGGAGAAGUGAAAUCUCCUCUGCCUGUCUGUCCUUGCGCAGUUGGGCGCGGGAGCCAGUGUCUUGCCCGGGAGAGGAUACCUCUGGCUGACCUGUGUCGCGUCAUGGAGGGGAAAUGAGAGCGCAUUUCUAGCUGGAAGAACACGCGCGCACACCGCACCGACAGAAUGCGGGAGCGGGACCUGCCGACUUCCUGCACGUGGGCCCUGCUUCUGACCCUCUGCCUGCUGUCGCUAUGGGGACGCCUCACGCUGGCAACCGCACACAGGACACACAUCGUGCAUGUGAAAGCUGGGACGUGUGAGGUCAUCGCCGCCCAUCGCUGCUGCAACAAGAACAAGAUCGAGGAGCGAUCCCAGACCGUCAAGUGCUCCUGUUUCCCCGGGCAGGUCGCCGGGACGACGAGGGCCGCGCCCUCGUGUGUGGACGCCUCUAUCGUGGGUCAGAAGUGGUGGUGCCAGAUGCAUCCGUGUAUGGACGGGGAGGAGUGCAAGGCGCUGCCUGACCUCACCGGCUGGAGCUGCAGCACCGGCAACAAGGUCAAAACCACCAAGGUGACCCGAUAGUCCACCUGCUGCCCUCAUGCCACCUUGGUGCCCGCCUCAUGC